AUGGUUGUUGUUUGGAGCAUAGAUGGAGGUACUAUUAAAAGCAUUGUCGAAUCAAGAAGGUUCCCGACGCAAUAUUCGACCAUGAAACCUUACACACAAUACCCUCUCACAAAUCUAACCGACCAACAGCAGCAGCAGCAGCAACAACAAACCCUUGAAAAUUUCAAUACAAUUAAAAACAACGUCACCGCCGAUACCCCAUUAGCCCAAGAGACCAACAACAAUAAUGCCAGUGUCCCUCCUAGUUCUAACAUAGUACUAAAUCUCGACAAGAAUGUUUCUUUUGCUCAGAAUUAUUCAGAUGGAGUUUUGGAGAAUCCAGCCCCGGGAAGGCAUGAAUCAGGUGGUAAUGUGAAUUGGGUAUCAACUGAAUUGGAGCCAAACUUGACUGCAAACCUUCUUUCAAGGUGGCAAGCUCCUGGAGGGGAGUCUUGUAGAGAGUCGCGCACAGUGGAGAUUGUGAUUCCUGGAUUGGAUGGUAAAGAUUUGAUUGAGUUGACAGCUGGUGAUAGUCAUGAAUUUGGUUUUCAAGCGCUGGAUGAAUCCAACAAUCUUGUUUGUUUAGGUGGAGAUUAUUUCGAGACUGAUCUUUCAGGGGAGGCAUGGAAAUCAAGGCCUUUGAUCACAGAUUUUGGAAAUGGGUCUUACUCUAUUUUGCUUCAAGUUCAUCCUGAUUUUGCUGGUGAUUAUAGUCUUACUGUUAUUUUGCUCUAUAGGCAUUUUGAAGGUCUUAAAUUUUCACCAUGGAGAUUUGCUUUUGAUAAACAAUUGCGUAAGUUUCGAAUCAAGUUUGUUAAAGGUCAUACUCAAUUGCCAAAGAUCGAAACUUGUCAAAAAUCUGAUUUCAUUAGAGAUCUUUGGGUAGGAAGGUGGACUAGGCAUGGUAAAAAUGAUGGCUGCCAAAUUAGUAAUGAUGGCCGGUACCGCUGUCUGAAGCCAAAUUUUCCAUGCCAAAGUCCUUGGUGUAGUGGUUCUUUAGGGUUGUUAGAGAGUAAUGGCUGGGUGUAUUCAAGUCAUUGUUCAUUUGGGCUGUUUUCAGCUGAUUCUGCUUGGAAUUGCUUGAAGAAUCGGUGGAUUUUCUUUUGGGGUGAUUCAAAUCAUGUUGAUACUAUUAGAAACAUGCUCAAUUUUGUGUUGGAUUUGCCUCAAAUACAAUCAGUUCCUAGACGGUUUGAUAUGAACUUUUCCAAUCCGAAAGAUGCAUCACAAACUCUUCGAAUUACUAGCAUUUUCAAUGGUCAUUGGAAUGAGACACUGAAUUAUGAAGGAUUUAAUUCCUUGGCAAAUGAAGGAUUUAGGAAUUUGUUGAAGAAGUACUUCUCAGAGGACACGGUACCAGACACUAUAAUCAUGAAUUCAGGUUUACAUGAUGGUGUGCAUUGGCGUAAUUUUAGAUUAUAUACGGCAGGAGCAGACUAUGCUGCAUCAUUCUGGAAAGAAGUUAUGGAUUCGGUGAGGCAGAGAGGGUUGGCAGUUCCACAGAUCUUUUACCGGACAACUGUAGCCACUGGUGGGUAUGCAAGGACUCUAGCAUUUAAUCCAAAUAAGAUGGAGGUAUAUAAUUGGGUUGCGUUAGAGAAGUUUAGGCAAGCUGGGUUGCUUUCUGGUGUGAUAGAUAACUAUGAUAUGACUUUUCCAUGGCAUUUUGACAAUCGGUGCAAUGAUGGAGUGCAUUAUGGCAGAGGUCCAGCUAAGAUGAGGUGGAGGGAUGGUGAAAUUGGCCACCAGUAUUUUGUGGACCUCAUGUUGGCUCAUGUGCUGCUCAAUGCCCUGUGUUCAAGAUAG